AUGGAAGAGUUUUUAAAAGACAGUCCAUCAGACUUUGGCUCUAACACAACAGGUACUGGAACGGGCAAUACUAGUGCUAAUUAUGGUAAUGAUCCAAAUAAUAGAAAUAACUACGGAAUAGGCUAUUAUGGAAAUAAUUAUGGACAACCUAACCGGUACCCAGAGGUGGCGGACAACGAUAUUAACAAUUCAAACAAUAAUUAUGUCAACGACAUGGGAACCUAUACAUCUUCAUUACAGAACGAUCCUUUUUUGGAAGAUUUGGAGUCGCUUAACUUUUCAAAUAAAGAACCACAGUAUAUCAAUCCUACCCAAUCAACUACUGGUAAUCUAGAAGAAAUUAUAUCCCCAAGCGCCCAAGUGCAGAAUAUUUCUUUCAAUAACAAUGGGAUGAAUCCAGACAACUCGUUUGUCAAUCCACAAUAUUUUUCCCCUUCUAACAGAAAUGCAAACUAUAAUACAUUGAAUUCGAUUGCUGAAGACAGUUUGUCAAGCUCAUUUAAUAACGCAUUCAGCCCUUCUGCGUCGAGAAACGAUAGUGUAAGUAUUCCAUUUCAGAACCCGAAUACUAUUGAAGACUACAAUGGAGGGGUUGAUAUAAAUGCUGGCUCAUAUUUAUCACCACAAUUCAAUUCACAAUACAUGUCGCCAAGCAAUAAUAUUGAUAAUUCAAUCGAUACAUUAAAGUCUCCUUCGUUUAAUUCGGGUUCAUAUCUCAACUCACCGCCUAAAUACCAAAACACAAGGCGUGAUAACCUGGGCACCAUAAGCAACAGUAUCCCUAGCAAUAUAUCGAAAAAUAAGGUUGUAUCGCCGCCUCCACUAGACAACAGUUUGGGCACCUCGCUACCAGGUACUAUGCACAACCAACCACCAGUUUCUACCAAGCAACUUAGUAAGGAAGAAAAACUAAAAAGAAGAAGAGAGUUCCAUAAUGCUGUCGAAAGAAGAAGACGGGAUUUAAUUAAAGAACGUAUAAAAGACUUAGGCUUUUUGGUGCCACCAUCGUUAUUGAACCCACAACUAUGUGCUGUGAAAAACUUACAAAGAAACUCACAAUUGAACUCCCGUGAAAUCAAUGACUUGCUUGCUUCAAUAAAAGUCAAAGAGACAAAACCAAACAAGAGCACCAUCCUUAAUAAAUCUGUCGAUUACAUAAUCCACUUAAAAUAUGUGCUAGAACAACAAAAUAAGAGCCAGCUUGAAUUGGCACAACAAAUCGAAGAGAUUGAAGCAAGGAUGAAUAACGGAGGAACCCAAGGAAAUAUAGAUGUGUCAAAGAUGACCGACCAAUCCCAUCCAUCGUCAGACAUCAAACUUGAAAGUCAAGAUGAAUUAUUUAAUCCUGAUGAUUUUUUCCAGGAUGUUGCCGGCAACAGCUCUAAUCAGGCUAACCAAUUCUUUAGCGAUAGUAUACGAUAG